AUGAUCCAGAUGGAAGGGAGCGGUUUCCAGGCAGGCUCGGAGCGACCCCACCAGCUGGCCUUUCGCCUGCAAGAAGCGAAAGGGAAAAGCCUCGCAGCUGGCGUUCCCAUGGCUCGCAGCUGCUCAGAGCAAGACGCGCCAAUCAGGUGCGUCGCAAUCCUCCAAUCAGCGCCGCUGCUUCCCAAAUACGAGCCCGCCCCUAGGAACAGCUUGGCGGAGCUGUUUCCGGAGCUUGGGUCGCCAUGGCUACCGGGACCGCCGCUCCGGCGAGGUGGUUCCUCCUGGGGCGCUUUCCUAUUUGGGGAGCCCUCGGCUAAAGGGAAGGAGAAGACCUUCGCUGUUUGAUAGGCAGCCGGUGGGGGCGGGGGCAGAUCCUGCUCUCCCUUGAAACCCGGAAUUUGGUGCGCCGAGGGAAGUGGGUUUUUGUUUAGUUCUUGUUUCACGUUGCAACCUUUGCAAACCGCUUUUGCACAAACUCGCUUGUUACUCUUCUUGCAGUGCUGGAAUAAGCAGCUGCGCCGUGAACUCCCUGAUGCCCACCUGCCUGAAAAGGGUAACGGAUUUUUAGGACAUGAAUUGCCAUGGUAAAAUAACGGUUAUAGAACUGCCCGGUUAUAUUAGCAAUCUUAAUAUUUUCCUCUGUUUUUUUAAUUACACCUCCCACCAAAUACAUCCUUGUGAUUAUCCUUACUGUAAUUAUGAUUAAAAUAUAAAAGUGUUUUAAAAAGCAUUUGCGCGCGUGUAUGUGUGUGUGUGUGUGUGUGUGUGUGUGUGUGUAUAUAGAUACACACAUAUAUAUACGCUAGUUUUUAAAAAUGUAGAGUGGGAAAGGAAGCAAUUUUCAGUGAUUAUCCCUCCCCACUGUAUCUCCGUCUGCACGCCCCACUUUGCUCUGGAGGGAAUCUUAACCCUCUAGACAAGAUGAGGACUUCGAGGGAUGACUCUCAAAAAAUCGCUGCAUUUCCUGCCCCACUAAUGGAAGACUUGCUGUGAGUUGAACACUCAGAGACGUACCAAUAGAUGGAUAGAUAAAAAGAUAGACGGACAGAUUUUAUCUAAUCAGCAGCACUUUGGGACCUGGGAUCGAAUAAAUACAGCCUUCCAGAUUUCUUUAUCUGGUCCCGGGGACUGUUCCCAAGCCACACGCCUUCUCAGACCACAGCUCCUAUCCCCAGGCUAAACCCCACAAGGGCACAGUUUUAUCACGAGCAUUGGGCCUCCAGAACAUUGCCUAUGAAGAAAUGUGGCCUCUAGGUCAAGUCAUUUCCCCACCCUGGACUUGACCAAUGGAAAACUAUGUACUGCGCAAUUCUGUUAUCAGUUUCCUGGGUGUAAGCCAGUGGAAGUUGCUCAGUAGCCUUGUACAGGAUUGCACUUGUAAGUCUUUUAGUGUACCUUGCUAGCUAGCAUGGAUUCGUUUCAACCACCUUGUUUAAAGGUAUCAUAGUAUUUUUUGUUUUCCAUAGAGAAAUGACACCAUUGUGCUAAUGUAACAUAGUCGGCAGAAGGGACUGAGUAGAACCUGGGAGACAGAUUCAAAACCCCACUUAGCCAUGGUCACUGGGCCGUGUGAGAAUAAAAAUUGAGAAGGGUUGUGUACACUGCCUUUAGCUCCUUUGUAGAAAGAUGGGCUAUAAAUGUACUCAUUAUUAUUAUUGUAAUUUUAUAUCCUGUCAGUCUGCUCAAAGGUGGGUAGGAUGGCAUAAUAAAUUAUGUUAUUUUCCUUAAUACCUUUUCAGCUAAUGUAGACACAUUUUUUGGGAAUCUAAAGCUUUUGGGGUUGCAAUGUUUAUUUUAUUAUUUGCUGAAUUUUUAUCCUUCUUUCCAGACCAUUAUUGCCUCCCAUAGUGGCUUACAUCAAUACAAAGGAGAAACAGACCCUGUCAUCAGACUUACAAUUUAAAAAGUCAAGACACCGAAGGAAAGAGGAGUGGUGGAAAAAGGAAGACAAAGGACAAAGCAGUGAGCUACAAUCAUUUAUAUUCAGUUCAUGCCAGGCUGAUCUCCCCUUGCUUGUGUACUUGCCUGAACAGCUGGUGAAAUUCAUCAUCAUGCAAGCAUUUCCCCUUCCCCCUUGUGCUAUUCUGGGGGUUCUCCUGAGCAGAUUUGGGCAAGGUGUGGGAGUCAGGUUGCACUUGGGGGACUGGCUUCCACUAGCUCAACAACUUAGGUGAAUCUGGCCCACUGACUCUUGUUCCUUGGCCAGUGGUUGGAGCCAAAGUGUCAUUUCCUUUGUUUCUGCCAUCCCAGGGCAACUGUCAGCUGAAGCAAAGUGCUUGCUUGCUUCCUACAUUCCUUCCUUCCUGAAAGAGCAAUCUUCCUUCAGCUGCUCCUUCUCUGGCAAAUAGAUGGGACCAGGUUGAUCUUCCCCUUGUCUUGGUGCAACUUUCCAGUGGCUCUAUGUCCAUUGGCUGGUGGCAGAAGCCAGAGAGUAUUUCCCUUCUACUUUCAGAUAAUUUGAGAUAAUGUGGAAGGUGUUUCACUCUUUCUUCAGUUUAUUAUUAUUAUUAUUAUUAUUAUUAAAAUGAUUUGGGGGGGUGGUUGGCUUCACACUAAUUUCAGCUUGCUUUUAUGAGGUGAGAGGAUCUGUAGAAAUAAAGAGGCCAGGUGGCGCUGGAAACUGCUUUCUGAAACAACCACUAAUUCAGUGCAGCUUUCCAAUAAGGCCAACUGUCUAAGGUAUUAAAGUAUUUCUGUUGUUCCCUUUCCCUCCCUCCCCUCCAAUUCUGUAAUAACCUGAACAAAGAGUACCUUAUAUACCCAUAGAACAGCUAUGCUUUUAUAGACUCCCUCUGUAAUGCUUUGUUGUUUAAUACUCUGCAUUGACUUUAUUCUGACUUAACCCCUAAUGUGCUGUUCUGCUUCAUUUCCAGAUUUGAGGUAAAAAGAACUAUGGAAGGAUAGCUAUCAGCAUACAUAUUUAUGCACAUAUUUGCCGGUGUCUUUGAGCCUAUAAACACUACAUUGGUGUAAAGCUUAUUGAUUAUUGAUUAUAUUAUUUUUUCAUGUAGAAGUGAAAUCCUUAUGAGGAUUAUCAUACACUUUUAGAUCACUCAGGGUCUUAUGUCUAGAUAUGCAGUAGUGCACAUUCUUAGUUUGUAGCUAGGUUCCUUUAAAACCUGUUUGUGAAAUAUUUAGAUGAUUUAUAUUCAAAGCAAUAAAAUCAGAUUACAUCUAAAUACUUGAACUUAAUUUAGCUGGGCUUUGUUAGUAUAUUCAUUGUUGAACACUACAGGAUAUUUGGAGAAUAGUUUUCUUGAAAUACUGCCACUGGAACCUGUUUAGUUAAUCUGUCAGGUAUCAUUUAUAUCCUUUACAUACAGUGCACAGUUUCUGAACAAUAAGGACAUAUCUCUCAGUCUUGAUAACCUGAACUGAGUAUGAGAUGAAGGAGUUGGAAAAGUGGAUCAGUUAAUUUCUUGAGGCAGUGUGUGCUCUGAUGUGCACAAAGUUCUCCUCUUUGUGAGAAUUUUCUCAUUGAUUUAAACAGAGGUCAAAGGGAAUGAAAGGGAAACUUAGCAGAAUGCAUCAUAGGUCAUGUUCGUCAUUUCAACAAUGUAGGUGUUGGAGAACAUAAAAUGUUAAAUAUGACUGUUGAAAGCAGAUUGUUUCAUAAUAAUAUUUUUUUCUGAACAAUAAGGACAUAUCUCUCAGUCUUGAUAACCUGAACUGAGUAUGAAAUGAAGGAGUUGGAAAAGUGGAUCAGUUAAUUUCUUGAGGCAGUAUGUGGUCUGAUGUGCACAAAGUUCUCCUCUUUGUGAGAAUUUUCUCAUUGAUUUAAACAGAGGUCAAAGGGAAUGAAAGGGAAACUUAGCAGAAUGCAUCAUAGGUCAUGUUCGUCAUUUCAUCAAUGUAGCUGUUGGAGAACAUAAAAUGUUAAAUAUGACUGUUGAAAGCAGAUUGUUUCAUAAUAAUAAUUUUUUUAUUAAAAAAAUGCAUAAUAAUGUUUUUAUUCUGCUUGAUAAUUAAAUGUUCCACUAAAUGAAAAUUAUUUUGUUUGGUUUUAGAAAUGGAGAAUUCAUCUUCAAGCAUAG